CCGUGAAAGAAAACAAAGAUGGCAGACGUGAAUCGGGACAUGUAGUCGUAGACUGAGUCAGAUAUCAGGUUUUUCCUCUUCUUCGGUGCAAACUUUGACCUCUAAUAGAUUAAACACACAAUCCAACAUGAGUUCUGAAAUGCCUAAGGACGACAGGAGGGGCGAGAAAAGGCAAGCUCCGCAAGGAGAGCCAGUGGACAUCCACUCAGCCAACCGCUGGGAGUCUGCUGACCUCGGGGAUGACCAGCGGAAACAGAAGUUCCUCAGGUUGAUGGGUGCCAGCAAGAAGAAAGAACACCAUGGGAAGAUCCAUAUUGGAGAAAGCCAGAAACUCCCGGUUCAUUCUCGUAGUGGUGAAGAGGAGAAACAUGUACAGCAGGACCUGGAGCAUCAGUUCCAACAGGGAUUGGAAAGCAAACUUACAGGUAAAGCCAGACGCCAUGUUGGACUGGGCUACCAGGAACCAGAACCAGAGGAUCAUGGGGAGGGUCAAAGGUCACAGCCAACAGGGGGAGAUAACCCCACCUCUUCUCAAGAUGAUGUCAAUUCCAAGACAGAAAAGAAGGAAGAAAACGAGGCUGUGGAUUUAUCAACAAAGGCACCAGAUUCUACCCAAGAUAAAGAAGAAACUGAAAAGCAUAGAAGUAAAGAAUCAUAGUGGUUUUCUUUUAGGUUACGCAAACUUAAGUCAAUAUAUGGCAUCUGCCUGAAAAGUGACUAUGGCAUGAAUCUGAAAAUCGUGAUUCAUGAUAAUAUUGUUAUCAUGCCAUUCAGAUGUAACAAUUUGGUUACAACUGGUUGCAAAUUAAGAAACUCUUCAUAAAAAUUGGAAGAUCCAAUGGUAUGUCAUGUUUGUAUUCAAGGAUAUAAAACCAUGUUUUAAUGCUCUUUACUUAAAAGUAAGAGAUAUUCUCUAGCUUUGCAGUCAUUUAAAGAUGGGCUUCUAAUGACAAAGUUUGAGUAUAAUUUCUUAUCUCAAGCAUUCUUUUUGUGAUGGAACAUUGGUCACAUAUUAUGAAUUGAAAAUGCAUGAUCACAUAUUGUUAGAAAUGUUGCAAAACCAGGUACAUAUGUCAGGUGUUUAAUAAGGAAAGACUCGUCCCAUCUGAUUCAGGCCUUCCGUACGUACAGAAUGUCAUUUUCUAGAUCAGAUUUGUGACAUAAAUAUAUAUUACAAGUCCUUUCAGAUGCAUGAAUGCUUAGCUGAUAAUAUUGUGGCAGUGAGUGGCUAGGUUAGCAACAGGUGAUCAUUAAAUCCUGGCAAUCCAAGAUAGACGUAGUGUCCCCAAUGGAAAAGGCACUUGACAUAUGUUUGGUCACUUCACCCAGGUGGGGAAAAUGGGUACCAGACAUCGGUUGGGGAUAGGGCUGGGUACCGGUACAGCGUACCAAAACCGUUUUUUCUUUUUGGACCGGUCCAGAAAAACCAGACCUGAAAAAAAUAGGUG